AAAUGAUUUGCAUUCCUCAUAGUUUGUUCUGGCAUCGCUGCUUCAAAACAACGUUCUUGUUUUUUCUUGGUUUUUGUUGCGUUUUUGUCUAUGAAAAAUUAUGUGGUUUUUGAAAAAUUUGAACAGCGAUGCCAUUUAUUACAUCCGACCGGAAAAGCCAAAGCAUACCGUCAGCCGAUCGGUGGGCGAGCUGAUUAUCCAGGGUGAUCAGUCAAUCAGCCGAAAUCAUGCUUUUCUCUAUCCAGAACCAGAAAGCCUAAAAUUAAUUGAUGCUGGAUCUCGUUACGGAACGUUUUUGAAUGAUAAUAUUGCAAAAAGUAAGGAGAAACUUCCGAAAGAUGUUCCGGUGGAACUGAAGGAGAACGACAAAAUCCGAUUUGGGAUGUGUCAGAGUGUCUGGCGAGUUGGGCGAGUAGAUUUCGUUUGUAUUACGUCAACGAUCAGUGUAAGCAAAUCUCUACAGGAGGCGUUACAGAAGCUUGGAGGUCGAGUAGAGGACACCUUUCAACCAGACGUAACUCGAUUCCUAAUUAUGAAUUCAAUCACAACGACGACGAAGCUGUUGAUGUGUUUGAUUUCCGGGAUUCCUAUUGUCAAACCGGAAUAUUUUGAGAAGUGUCUAUACGCUGUCGAAAAAAGUUUACCUUUUCCCGACGCAGAUAGAUUCAUACCAGAUUUCACGGAGUCGUACAUCAGACGGGAUGGACUUGUUUUUACCAAAGUUCCUGCCAGACAGUCGCUGUUUAACGGAAAGGUGUUUAUCUUUAUGAAACUCAAAAACAUGAGCAAAUAUGAGAGUAUUAUAAAACUGGCAGGAGGAAUUUGUUUUUGCGCUCAAAAGCGAAAAAUUGCUAAAUCGUUUUUCAUCGAACCUCAUGUUAUUGUAAUACAACCGUUUACGGAUUCGUUAUCGCAGGCAUCCUCUCAAGUCAUCGAGGAUAUGAUGAAAAUUGUCACGAACGCUGGCAGACGGCUGAUCCCAGAUACCGAGAUCGGACUCGCUAUAUUGGUUUGCUCUUUGGAAAAAUACUGCAAUCCUACAUAUAAAUUCGCCAAUGUGCUUGAUGUGAACACCGUCUCAAUUACUCAGGGUGAUUUGCUGGCCAAGAAUAGUGUUGACCAGGCAGGAUCUUCGUUGGCAUUAUGUAGUACGGAGAAUGUCUCCAUUCCGGACACGGAAUCGCGAGAUAGUUCGCAAAACCUUGACCUACACAAGGUUUCUAGCGAGACACCGAAGGAUUACGGCGACCAGCCUCUUAAAGGUUGUGAGGUUGUUUCGGAAUUCGUUGAACCGAGUGCUCAUUCAACUGCCAUUGUUGUUGGAAAACGGAAGAGAGUAGAAACAACUACCAGUCCAGCGAAAGAGGUUAAAAAAACUCGUUCAGAAACUUCUGUGCCAGAAAGUUCCACAGAUCGAAUGGACAUUCCUGAGACACCUGCGUCUAACCUGCCAACUUCACAGAUAUCUCAACUGUCCGGUUUUCUUUCCGUUAAUCAUAGAGAAACAACAACGCGCAGUUCGCCACCACCAGAACAAUCAAAGAAACGACCGUUGCUAUUCAUGCUGGACGACAAUGAUGAUGAUUUGUUCAACUUCGGUGACACGAUCCCGAAACGUACUAAACGGCAACCGACGCUGAUGGAAUCAUUCAGUGCUUCACAAUCUCAACGCAACCGAUCGACCAGAAAUGGUCAAGACGAAAAUGAAGAGGAAAAGCUGUUUGCUUUCGAAGAAAGCAAUCGCACAAGGUCGAAGGAAAAAUCCAACUCCGCUUCCAUUAGUAGUCUUUCGAACAGCUCGACAGUAACCAGUGGCACCAAAAGUGCUUCAUACCAGCGCUUUAUUAAACCAAUCCACAUACCGGAUGACAGAUGGAUGACGUCAACAUUUUGUGAUCUUAGUAUUAAACCCGAGGAUGAUCAUCCGAACAGUGUAUCCAAAACGGACCCAGAUGGCGACGAUGUGGACCAAAAGACUCGUGUGUGGUUUGACGGAAUGGAAGCCAUGUUCCAGGUUCAAAUUAAGUGCAUGAAUUUGACCUCGCACAGGCCUGGCAUUUCGAGUGCAGCUGCUCCAAACUACGAUAGCCGCAAUUUCAAAGCUUUUACAAAGACCCGUUUUCGCCUCUUCUCUUCCAGAACCAGAACUACAAACCGCAGAAAACGAUAGUGAAAACCAGACUAGUCUGUGUCUUGGAUAAUUUUGAACAAGAUCACAUCUGAAAUCAGUCCGAACAAAAAAUAAGCGUGGAAUAAAACUAUUUCAAGCUUGUUUAUGGA